AUGGUGGUCUCUUUAGGAGGUUUCCUGAUCUGGGUCCUUAAUAUCAACAAUAACAAUACAGUUGAGAUUCUUGCUCAAGUUGUGGGUUUAUCAAGUUUAUGGUGUUUAGUUUCAGGACUAGGUUCUAUGUCCUCCAUUGCAGUAUCUUAUGGUGAGAACGGCCCUGUUUACUGUGGCUUAAACUUAAAUGGAUCUCAUGUCACCUGAUAUGGAUCAAACUCAGCCAUAACAUAUGGAACCCCGAUUCAUUUCCCGUUUAUUGGUCUAACUGCUGGUGAUGGCUUUGUUUGUGGUCUGCUCAUGGAUUCUAGCCAACCAUAUUGUUGGGGUAGCAGUGGUUAUAUUCAAAUGGGUGUUCCUCAACCCAUUAUAAAAGAUGCCCAAUAUGUAGAAAUCAGUGCUGGUGAUUACCAUUUGUGUGGAUUGAGAAAACCUCUAACAGGGAGCCUCAGAAACAUGUCCUUUGUGGAUUGUUGGGGCUAUAACAUGACCAAAAAUGUGUUUGAUGGCCAAAUGCAGUCUCUUUCUGCAGGGUCAGAAUUCAAUUGUGCAUUGUUUUCUCAAAACAGGACUGUCUUCUGCUGGGGUGACGAGACUAGUAGCAGGGUCAUCGGUUUGGUCCCUGCAGACAUGAGGUUUCGGAAGAUUGCAGCUGGCGGGUAUCAUGUCUGUGGGAUUUCAGAGGGUGUGAGCUCUAGGACCUUUUGUUGGGGAAGAAGCUUGGACAUUGAGGAAGAAAUCUCAGUGGCGUAUUCGGGUCAAGGCAAUGUUGAUUUGGCUCCAAAGGAUCCAAUGCUUUCAAUCGUGGGAGGGAAGUUCCAUGCUUGUGGAAUCAAGAGCUAUGACCAUGGUGUCAUCUGCUGGGGAUUUAUCGUGAAGCAAAGUACACCUGUUCCUAAGGGUAUCAAGGUUUAUGACAUUGCUGCUGGAAAUUACUUCACUUGUGCGAUUCUUGCUGCCAAGUCAUUCUUACCUGUUUGUUGGGGUCUUGGAUUUCCUACUUCUCUUCCAUUACCUGUUCCACCGAGGACCUGCAGGUCUACUCCAUGUGCUCCUGGCUUCUAUGAACUUGACCGUGACGCCACCUCUUGCAAAGAUCCCAACUCUCACAUUUGCAUGCCCUGCAGCACUGGCUGUCCUCCUGAAAUGUACCAAAAAAUUGAAUGUACAUUGAAAUCUGAUACUGAUUAUAACUGUUCUAUUUGUUCCUCAGCUGAGUGCUCCGCAAACUGUUCUUCAUUGUACACCAAUUCAAUGAGCAAUGAAAGGUUCUGGUCUCUGCAAUUGCCUGUCAUUAUCGCGGAGAUUGCCUUUGCUGUGAUACUGGUCAGUGUUGUGUCUCUAACCGCUGUUUUAUAUGUUCGCUACAAGUUACAUGACUGUCGUUGCAAAGAGAAAAAUUUAAAGUCUACAAAGAACGGUCCUGGUGGUUCUCCUUUCCAGAAAGACAUCGGCAAGAUUCGUCCAGACUUGGAUGAUAUGAAGAUACGGCGGGCUCAGAUGUUUUAUGAAGAGCUAGAAAGAGCAACUUCUGGGUUUGAAGAAGAGUCUGUGGUGGGGAAGGGAAGCUUCUCCUCAGUUUUUAGAGGUGUUUUGAACGAUGGAACAGUUGUUGCUGUCAAAAGGGCUAUAAUGUCUCCUAACAUGCAAAAGAAUUCGAAAGAGUUCCAUACUGAGCUGGACUUGCUAUCCAGAUUAAACCAUGCUCAUUUACUCAACCUGCUUGGCUAUUGUGAAGGUGGAGAGAGGCUUCUCGUGUAUGAGUUCAUGGCUCAUGGAUCAUUGCACCAACACCUCCAUGGCAAGAACAAAGCCUUGAGAGAGCAAUUGGAUUGGGUAUGAAGAGUCACAAUUGCAGUCCAGGCAGCUAGAGGAAUUGAAUACUUGCAUGGUUACGCUUGCCCACCAGUGAUUCAUAGAGAUAUAAAGUCUUCAAAUAUCCUGAUCGAUGAGGAACACAAUGCUCGAGUUGCUGAUUUUGGUUUAUCACUAUUGGGAUCUGCAGAUAGUAGCUCCCCAUUGGCUGAACUGCCAGCAGGAACACUCGGGUAUCUUGAUCCUGAGUACUACAGACUUCACUACCUUACAACCAAAUCUGAUGUUUAUAGUUUUGGUGUUUUGCUAUUGGAGAUUCUCAGUGGCAGAAAAGCCAUUGAUAUGCAGUAUGAAGAAUCAGGAAAUAUAGUUGAAUGGGCAGUGCCUCUGAUCAAGGCAGGAGAUAUAAUUGCAAUCUUGGACCCUGUUCUGAAACCUCCACCAGAUAUUGAAGCCUUGAAAAGAAUUGCCAAUGUAGCCUGCAAAUGUGUUAGAAUGAGAGGCAAGGAGAGGCCAUCAAUGGAUAAAGUGACGACAGCACUCGAACGAGCUCUUGCGCUGCUAAUGGGAAGCCCCUGUAAUGAGCAACCAAUUCUGCCUACUGAGGUGGUAUUGGGAAGCAGUAGAUUGCACAAGAAGUCAUCUCAAAGAUCAUCAAACAAGUCACUCGAAACUGAGGUAAUAGACGCCGAGGAUCAGAGGUUUGAGUUCAGAGCUCCUUCAUGGAUCACAUUUCCUAGCGUUGCUUCUUCUCAGAGGAGAAAGUCGUCGGUCUCGGAUGCUGAUGUUGAUGGGAAGAACUCCACAGAAGCUAGAAAUAUGGGAAAUGGUGGUGAUGGGUUGAGGAGUUUGAAGGAAGAGAAUGGACCAGCUUCACCUCAAGAGAAGUUAUUCUUGCAGCAUAAUUUUUAAACAGAACCAAACCAAAUGCUGCAAUUAUGUGCUUGACAGGACUGAAUUGCAUUGCUUUAGUUAAAUUCUUGAAAUGUAAAAAGAAAAAACACGUAAUUUCCUGGACAGCUAUAAGUCGCUACCAAUUUAUAUUUUUUUAUCACUCAUAUCUUCUAUAUAUAUCUGUACUUUCAGUUCUAACGGUUUUUUGGCGAAUUAGAGCAUCCAUUCAGAAAUAAAAAUAACAACAAACUCUAUUAAAAAGAAAAAAGGCCCAGAAAAAAAAUAAUAAUAAUAAUAAUGCAAAAUACAAAUAUACUUGCCCUCACGCAGGAUCGAACUACGGACCUUCAGUUUACAAGACUGACACUCUACCACUGAGCUAUAAGGGCACCUGUUACAAUUAUCUAGAUAAAGAUAUAUAUAUUCGGAGAUGGUCUAGUAAAUUCAUACAACGUGAAACGAAUUUGAUAAGUUCGUUUCAACUGGCAAACCGAAAUGGAGAGAUUUGCACCGAAAGUUUUCAAUCAUGUCCAAUUGAAGACAAGAUCAUCAAUUUUCAAAUAUUUUUGCAAACAAUUGAUGAAAACAAAUCCAUGGUUUAUUUGUCAGCUGAAAACAGUGUUGUCAAUGGGAAGCAUUCUGGUGUAAAGUUGAGAUGUCAGCUGAUAGGAGCACAAAGUGUGACGUUCUUAAUGCGUUUGUCAUAUUCUUACUCUUUGUUACCUCUUAUUUAGUAUGUUUUAAUUUAUUUUGUUAGAAUAAGUGUCUAGGUAGAACUUAACUCGGAUAUGAGUGAAUUGAUGAUGAAAUCGUGCUAAGUGUUAAUAAUCCUUGUUGAGAUAUGAUUACUUGUUCGAGUAGGAUUCAUCUUUUCCUAUUUAUUUGUUUCUAACGUAUUUAUUCUUAUUAGGAAAUACAAAUCCAUGUUGGAAAAAGAAAGCAUUCUUAGUUGAGCAAGGAAUAAGGAGAGACCAUAUGUCAUUGAUGGUUUCCUAUUGGGAGUUUGGAUUCUAAAACCAAGUUGGAGAUGGAUUUCCAAGGUGUAUACGAAGAUAUUUUCGUGCAUAUAAAUCAGAAUUAUUAAAGAGAAGAAGAUAUGCACUUAAAAGUCAAAUCCAUGCAAUAAUCAAAAUGCUGUCAAGACUCGUAGUCCAACUUCGACGGGCUCCCCUGAAUAGCUCCGAUCGAAAUAGAAGAUGUACUAUAUAUGGAUAGAAAGUUGUGUGAGUCUAGUUUUUGUAGGAUUUGGAAUCAAAUCAAUAUCUUAUUCCUACAUGGAGAUAUGACCGAAUCAUUACUCAGAAGUCUAGUGAGCUCGGCAGAAUUAUCUCAGCCAUUGAUUUGUUUUUGAUCUAAAGGCUGUGAGGGAAAGUUGAGACCUUGUUUCUCCUAUACAUAGA